AUGUCUCAGAGGAGGAAUCAGUGCUGUAAUGCUGAGGAGGAGCUGCAGAGACGGGACUGUACAGACUGGUUCACCUCGAACUGGGACCAGUCUGGUUCACCAGGAGGAACAUCUGGACCCCAGACGCCCAGUCCGACCGGCUCUGCAGGAGGUCUGCAGGAGGUUUUAGACGAACAUAAGAUCGACCUGAGGAGCAGAUGUGAACGUGUGACUGAAGGAACGAGUGAAAGAGGAAGUGAAACCCUCCUGAACAGGAUCUACACCGAGCUCUACAUCACAGAGGGACAGAGCGAAGACGUUAAUACCCAACAUGAGGUGAGACAGCUUGAGACGGCGUCCAAGAAGACCCUCCAUGUAACUCUGAUCAAGUGCCACGACGUCUUUAAAGCCUUACCUGACCAACAGAAACGCAUCAGAGUCGUUCUGACGAACGGCGUCGCUGGCAUCGGAAAAACCUUCACGGUGCAGAAGUUCACUCUGGACUGGGCCGAGGGUUUGGAGAACCAGGAUGUCAGUCUGGUGGUUCUGCUUUCGUUCAGGGAGCUGAACUUGAUCAGAGAUGAGCGGUUCAGUCUCCUCUCGCUGCUCCAUGUUUUCCAUCCAACAUUACAGAAGGUCACAGCAGAGGAGCUCGCCGUCUGUAACGUUUUGUUCAUCUUUGACGGCCUGGACGAAAGCAGACUUUCUCUGGAUUUCAACAACAGUGAGGUCGUAUCUGAUGUCACACAGACGUCAUCAGUCAACCUGCUGCUGACAAACCUCAUCGAGGGGAAUCUGCUGCCCUCGGCUCUGGUCUGGAUCACUUCCCGACCCGCCGCAGCCAAUCAGAUCCCUCCUGCACGUGUUGACAGGGUAACAGAAGUACGAGGCUUCACCGACGCCCAGAAGGAGGAGUACUUCAGGAGGAGAGUCGGCGAUGAAGAGCUGUCCAGCAGAAUCAUCUCACACAUCAAGACAUCCAGGAGCCUCCACAUCAUGUGUCUGAUCCCAGUCUUCUGCUGGAUCACGGCUACAGUUCUGGACCACAUGUUGACCACAGAGCAGAGAGGAGAGCUGCCCAAGACCCUGACCGACCUGUACGCCCACUUCCUGUAUGUUCAGAUGAAGAGGAAGAAGCAGAAGUACUCAGAGGCGAGUCCGCAGGAGCUGACGGAGGCUGAUAAGGAGGUUUUUCUGAAGCUGGGGAGGCUGGCGUUUGAACAUCUGCAGAACGGAAACAUCAUGUUCUACAGAGAAGACCUGGAGCGUUGCGGGCUCGACAUCACGGAGGCGUCGGUGUAUUCGGGAGUCUGCACGGAGAUUUUUCGGAGAGAGAGCGUGAUCUUCCAGAGAUCAGUGUUCUGCUUCGUCCAUCUGAGUGUUCAGGAGUUUCUGGCCGCCGUUUAUAUUUUUCAUUGUCACACAAACGGAGACAGCGAGACUCUGGAGGCGUUUUUGGGGAAAGAGUGGGGUCGAUAUCGCAGCUGUGACCCAUCUUUGGACGUCUUCCUGAGCAAAGCCAUGGAUAAAUCCCUGAAAAGCCAAAAUGGCCACCUGGAUCUGUUUGUCCGCUUCCUGCACGGCCUUUCGCUCGAGUCCAACCAGAGACUCUUACGAGGAGUCUUGGGUCAGACGAAGAGCAGCGCCGAAAGCAUCCAGAAAGUGAUCCACAACCUGAAGGAGAUCAGCACCUUCGACAUGUCGCCCGACAGAAGCAUGAACAUCUUCCACUGUCUGUGGGAGCUAAACGACCGCUCGGUGCAUCAGGAGAUCCAAAAGUACCUGAAGUCUGAGGACAGAUCGGAGAAGAAACUGUCUGAGAUCCACUGCUCAGCUUUGGCCUUCAUGCUGAAGACAUCAGAGGACGUCCUGGAGGAGCUGGACAUGAGGACGUUUAGGACGUCAGAGGAGGGGCGACAUCGACUGAUCCCGGCUGUCAGGAACUGCAGGAUGGCUCGAAUUUCCUGUUAUCAACUUUUUGAGAGGCACUGUGAAGUCUUGGCCUCGGCGCUGAAGUCCAACCCGUCCAAUCUGAGAGAUCUGGACCUGAGCGACAGCAAACUGCAGGAUUCAGGAGUCGAGCUGCUUUCAGGUGGACUCAGGAGUCAUAACUGCAGACUGGAGACGCUCAGAUUAAGUGGCUGCUGGCUGUCAGAGAUCAGCUGUGCUUCUCUGGCCUCGGUCCUGAAAUCGAAAGCCUCCCGGCUGAGAGAUCUGGACCUGAGUAACAACAAAUUAUACGAUUCAGGAGCAAAGCUGCUGUAUGCUGGACUGGAGAGUCCACAUUGUAGACUGGAGACUCUGAGUUUGAGGUAUUGCAGGUUGUCAGAGAUCAGUUGUGCUUCUCUGGCCUCAGUUUUAAAGUCCAACACUUCCCAUCUGAAAGUGCUGGACCUGAGUUAUAACGGGAUAAAGGACUCUGGAGUGGAGUUUCUGUGUGCUGGACUAGAGAGUCCAAGCUGUAGACUGGAGACUCUAAGACUGAGUUUCUGCAGCUUGUCAGACUUCAGUUGCAGUUUCUUGGCCUCGGCUCUGAAGUCCAACCCAUCCCAUCUGAGAGAGCUGGACCUGACUGAUAACAGGCUGCAGGAGUCCGGAGUGAGGCUGCUGUCUGCUGGACAACAAAGUCAACAAUGGAGAUUGGAGACUCUGAGGUUGACGUGAACAUUGAAUGCAGCUGAAAGUUUUGAAAGUUUCCGGAAACGUUGACUGAAAAGGAAGAACAUCCCAUCAAUAGUUCUAUGGAAAGCAAAGAAGUCGAAAAUCCAGAGGGCUCAUAAAGAAUCGCAGCAUUGCUCCAAGCACCUUUUACCUUUGAACUCUUCAACACUAAACUGAAGUGCAAUAAAUUAUAGAAUAUAUACUGUGAUUGUAGAUGUGGUAAACUUUUGUGACUUUUCUUGUCAUGUUUAAGUAUUUAGGCAAUUCUGUUUUUGUCAUUUUAACAAAUACAGUAAAAUUGAUAGUGAAAACAUCUUAAUGAAAAUACAUCAUGUUAUGAUUAUUUUAUGGUUUUGUUCUAGAUCUAUAUGCACUGUUACUGCACUUUUCUGUUUGUCCUAUUAUUUUGUCCUUUAUUAUUAUCCGUAUAUAUUUUAUUCAUAAAAGAAAAAUCUCACAAUAAAAGCCAGACACGUCUUUUGAA